GCCCAGCGGCGCCCCCCCCGGUCCCGCCCGCCAUGCCCGGCCCGGCCCCGGGCAGCAGGGCCCGGGUCUACGCCGAGGUGAACAGCCUGAGGAGCCGCGACUACUGGGACUACGAGGCUCACGUCCCGAGCUGGGGGAAUCAAGAUGAUUACCAACUGGUUCGGAAACUUGGUCGGGGGAAGUAUAGUGAAGUGUUUGAGGCCAUUAACAUCACCAACAAUGAGAGAGUGGUGGUAAAAAUUUUCAAGCCAGUGAAGAAAAAGAAGAUAAAACGAGAGGUUAAGAUUCUGGAGAACCUUCGUGGUGGAACAAAUAUCAUUAAGCUGAUUGACACUGUGAAGGACCCUGUGUCAAAGACACCAGCUUUGGUAUUUGAAUAUAUCAAUAAUACAGAUUUUAAGCAACUUUACCAGAUCCUGACAGACUUUGAUAUCCGGUUUUAUAUGUAUGAACUACUUAAAGCUCUGGAUUACUGCCACAGCAAGGGAAUCAUGCACAGGGACGUGAAACCUCACAAUGUCAUGAUAGAUCACCAACAGAAAAAGCUGCGACUGAUAGACUGGGGUCUGGCAGAGUUCUACCAUCCUGCUCAGGAGUACAAUGUCCGCGUGGCCUCCAGGUACUUCAAGGGACCAGAGCUCCUUGUGGACUACCAGAUGUAUGAUUAUAGCUUGGACAUGUGGAGUUUGGGCUGUAUAUUUGCGAGCAUGAUCUUUCGAAAGGAACCCUUCUUCCACGGACAGGACAACUAUGACCAGCUUGUUCGCAUUGCCAAGGUCCUGGGGACAGAUGAGCUGUAUGGGUAUCUGAAGAAGUAUCACAUAGACCUAGACCCGCACUUCAACGAUAUCCUGGGACAACAUUCACGGAAACGCUGGGAAAACUUUAUACAUAGCGAGAACAGACACCUCGUCAGCCCCGAGGCCCUAGAUCUUCUGGACAAACUUCUGCGAUACGACCAUCAGCAGAGACUGACUGCCAAAGAGGCCAUGGAGCACCCGUACUUCUACCCCGUGGUGAAGGAGCAGUCCCAGCCCUGUGCGGACAACGCUGUACUUUCCAGUGGUCUCACGGCGGCCUGAUGAAGACUGGAAAGCGACGGGUAAUGCGGCAUUGAUGCUUGCCAAUAAAACCAACCAACACAACACAAACCUUGAAGGAAAA